CUGGGAUGAUAUUUUUCAUAAUUUUAAUCAAAUAUGAACAGUAAACCUUAACAAAUAUGUGCAAACAAGUGUUGACCGAUAAUGACCCUUUUAACUCCAUUUCUACCGAGUUUAAGCGUAGAAAACGUUUUCUUAUUAAAUAUACUAUACAAACUCUAGUUUGUGAUGUGAUUACCGCAGUAUUUACACAAUCUAUCACAUGUAUUAUUCUCUUAAUCCCACCGUAGUUCAAUCAAAUCGUACUAUCGAUCCGUGCUGUUUAAAAGCCUGUAUUCUCCAGCUGAUGUAACGCGGGAAUUUGAGUUGUAUCCUAGGGAUGCUCUAGUAUAGAUUGUUUUGCCAGUGAACUAACUGUGUACGGAAAUCAUUUCCUGUGUAUUUGUUGCAUGUAGACUUGUGACACAGAUGUAAACUAUAUUUACACGUGGGGAUUUUAAUUACAUGUGAGAUCAAAUAUUUACCGCGUUCUUAUAGAAUGGUGGAUUAUCAUUUUUCCAGUUUUAGGUGACUUAGUAAAAAUGGAUGAUUGCUUUUAAAGUGGAUUUAAUGUUUUCAUUAACAUUUAAGUAAACAAAUAUUGGCGCGAAAUUUAGCGGUGUAUUAUUAUAAGAGGAAAAUGGAAGAAGUUGCAGUCAGAAGUAUGAGGGAAAGCUUUAGCUCAUAACCUUUUCAAAAAGGUCUUGUUUACAGCGCAUACUCAUUUAAAAUGGAUGGUACAAACAUGGAAACAAAUCUGAAUGAAGAGGAUGUGGAGAAUUUUCUACUGGAGAAUUCUGAGUUUCUUGAAAACUGGCUCAAAAAACAUGCAACGCCAGAACUUAUGUACAGAAUUAAAAACAUUGAUGCACCUGGAUUGAAACCAAAGUUUAAUGCAUCAGCUAGAAAUUCUAUCACUUCAAACAUGUUCAAAAAUUAUGUUGAUGGAAUGGUGAGAAAAAGAAAACGAUCUCUUGUGCAAAGAGAUAAGCUUUUAGCUAUGAAUGAGUCAGAAAUGUUUAUGGAACUCAUUAGAGACAUCGCAAGUGAGUUGGACGUAAAUGUCUUGUGUCAUAAAAUAUUACGUAAUGUUAGUGUUUUGACUGGUAGUGACAGAGGGAGCUUGUUUCUGGUCAGGGGAUCAAAAGACAAUAGGCUUUUAGUAUCAAAACUGUUUGAUGUGACGGAAAAUUCAACUCUGGAAGAUUCGUUGCAUACUGAAGAGACAGAAAUAAAAAUUCCGUUAGGAAAAGGGAUUGUGGGAACAGUAGCACUAACCAAAGAAGCUGUUAACAUCAAAGAUGCUUACGAGGAUCCAAGGUUUAACAAGGAUAUUGAUAUUAAAACAGGGUACAGAACCCACAGUAUUUUAUGCAUGCCAAUUCAAAACCAUGACAAUGAAGUGAUAGGGGUAGCUCAAAUUAUAAACAAAAUUACCGGCAAUCACGAGUUUGAGGAACAGGAUGUUGAGAUGUUCAGGAAGUACUUGAUGUUCUGUGGAAUUGGGAUAAUGAAUGCUCAACUGUUUGAGAUGUCUGUUCAAGAAUAUCAACGCAAUAAGCUUUUGCUCAACCUGGCACGAGGGGUGUUUGAAGAACAACAAAACCUUGAGAAACUUGUGCAGAAAAUUAUGCUCGAUGCUCAGGAACUUUUACAAUGUGAAAGGUGCAGCGUUUAUCUUAUUGAUGACACACUAGAUGCUCCACAUUACGUUCAACGUCAGGUGGAGCAACAGAAGAAUGGAGUCUCAAAUGAUGCAUCGAAGGAAAGAACUUUAGAUGACAUUGUUUUCCUGAAAGUUUUUGACUUUUAUGCAAAGGAUGGCAAUAUACAUGUACAAAGUGCCACUCAGUUAGCACAAUCUAAGAAUGCUGAGAUAGCUAGAUAUGUAGCAUUUCACGAGACACAUCUAUGUAUAGCUGAUAUAGAACAUGAUGGAAGAUUUGGUAAAGGACCUUUUUUGGAUCAGGGAGGCUUUACUACCAGGAGUAUAUUAUGUAUGCCAGUCUACAACAGUGAGAGAAAGAUCACUGCUGUUACCCAGCUUAUAAACAAACAGAAUGGUUCCCCGUUCAAUGACAGUGAUGCCAAUAUCAUAGAGGCAUUUUCCAUAUUUACUGGUCUAGGAAUACACAAUUGUCAGAUGUAUGAGAAUGCCUGUAGACUGAUGGCCAGACAGACUGUGGCCCUCGAGGUGCUAUCAUUUCAUGCUACAGCAGGCCAGGAAGAAACCGAGCGUCUUGCAGAGAAAAGUGAAAGUCUUACAGGAAACGAGUUAAAGUUGUAUACUUAUGAAUUUAACGAUCUUGUUCUUUCUGAUGACCAGACACUACAGAGUGUUAUAUGUAUGUUUAAAGAGUCUGGCCUCGUUCAGAAAUAUAAAAUACCCAUGGACGUGAUAUGUAGAUGGACUUGCAGUGUGAAAAAGAAUUAUCGACCUGUUACAUAUCAUAACUGGAGACACGCAUUCAACGUCACACAGACCAUGUUUACUAUGCUUUUUACAGGAAGGUUGUUGCCAGUUUUUAGUGAGUUAGAAAUACUGGCCAUGUUGGUUGCCUGUUUAUGUCAUGACCUUGACCACAGAGGAACCAAUAAUGCAUUUCAAGUCAAAGUUGUGUCACCCCUGGCAAUGUUGUACAGUACAUCUGUGAUGGAACAUCACCACUUUGAUCACAGUAUCAUGAUUCUCAACAGUGAGGGAAACAACAUAUUCCAGUCCCUGUCACCAGAAGAGUACCGUGAGGUGAUUAAACAACUGGAAUUCUGUAUACUUUCAACUGAUCUCGCUUUAUACUUCAGAAAAAGAGGUGACUUCAAGAAAUUAAUUGACUCUGGCAGAACUGAUUUUAAAGAGAAAUCAGAUAAAAAUCUGUUAAAGGCUAUGAUGAUGACAGCCUGCGAUGUGGCCGCUAUUACAAAACCAUGGGAAGUCCAGAAAGAAGUCGCUCAGUUAGUUGCUAAUGAGUUCUUUGAACAAGGGGAUGUAGAGAAAACACAGCUUGGAGAAACACCAAUUGCAAUGAUGGACCGUGAUAAGAAAGAUGAACUCCCGAAAAUGCAAGUUGGAUUUAUUGAUGCCAUAUGUUUACCUGUAUAUGAGAUGUUUGCCAAGAUCAAUGUGUAUCUUAAACCACUAUACAAGGGAGCACUUGAUAACAGACAACACUGGCAGCACUUAGAUGACCUUUAUAGAGAAGGUAAAACAGAGGAACUUCAUAAAGAAUUGAAUAUAAAUGGCACAAACAGUAUUCAGACCACAACAGAAAAAGAUAAAAAUAAGAAAAAUGAAUCAGAUUCUAAAGGAAAGAAAAAUUUAAUGAAUUUAAAGGCAAUGAAACAAGACAAGAAACAUCCAAAGAAUCAUGGAAAAACCAAAGUAUGUUUACUACUUUAACAAUCAACUUAAGAUACAUUCAUCUGACCUCCCAGUACAAAGUGUCUAAUUGAAUUCAUCUAGAAACUUGCUGUUCUGCUGAAACUAGACCUCUUGAAGACAACUAGAAACAACAACUAGCUGCAGUAUCCCUGAUACAAUGUGACUACACAUAUUGAAAAUAAAAUUGCUGGCACACAUGGAAGCUUCGCUUACCGUACUAGUUUUAAGCAAAUUCUUAAAAACAACAAGAAAGUAACCUGCUCUUCUAGUUUAACGUGAUCUCUUGUAUGAAUACUUACUCUACUACUAUUAUGUCUUAAUGAAUUCAAGUAGAAUCAUCGCACUUUGUCUUGGAACAAUUUCACAACUUGAAAAUUAGCUUGAAAAAAUGCAUUAUCUUUUUGGUAUAAAGUGACUACUUGAAAUCAACUUGAAGCUUUGCUUACUCCCCUGAUACACUUAGACCUUGUUAAAAGCACCUUGUACUAUUGCUUGCUGUCAAGGAGAACAACAUGACAACUUGAAAUCAUGAAGUAAUAUAACUUGUUCACCAAGUAUGUAAAGAUGUCUAGAAUCACUCAUUGCUAACCUUCCGUUGUACACUACAGUGUGACGGCUUGAAAUCAACCUGAAACUCUGCAAUCGCUCCUUGUUCAGUGUGUCUUCUAGAUAUCUAGAAGAAAUUUUGCUCGCUCACCUCGUGUUAAAGGACUUCUUAAAACACCAGAAACAAUUUGCUUCCCUAGUUUUAACUUUACUUCUUAAAACCAAACUCAAAGCGACGCUCGCACCCGUGUACAAUUUGACUUCUGAAAUGCUGCUAGAAACCCUGAAUGCUGUCUCAAUUUCUUUAAUCAAUAUGACACAUGAUUUAUUGGUGUAGUGAAAUUACUUGAGACGUCAACUAAAAGCAUAACUCACAAUCCAAGUUCAUAGUCUGAUUGUACUCAAAUAUUCAAACAAAGUUGUUUCUUGAAAUGAACUAGAAACAUAGCUUUCCUGUGUUGAACAGUUAGUACAUUAAUGAUGUCGGAAAUAUGAUGCAUGAUAUUACCAAUUUGAUAUUUCAAUUGAUAAACUUUGUGUCCAAAAACAAAUAAAGGAUUAACUAUCACUUCAAAUAUAAGACAGAAGAUAUCUUUAUCAGCUUGUAAAUUCAAUCCGCACUUUGUUGGAACCAAAAACUAUCAGCCUAUGCCCCCAGUAUAGAGCCAGGCAAGCAUGCAAAUCUUUGCAGUCUGACCAGGUUCUACACUGUUAACAAGCUUAUAACCUCAAGUCUCUCCAAACUUAGUAAUACGCAUUUUCAAAAGCUGAAGCUUUGCAUGUUCAUUUUAGAAAUUUAGUAGGUUACGGGUCAUGUUAUAUCCAUCUUCACCUAAAGGUCUUGAAACAUAUCUAUUAACACAAAAGAUAUUAUUGAAAUAUAGAAUUACUAUAUCUGUAACCUCUUUUUAAAGCACCUUUUAAAAGGAUAGAUACAUGUAUUCAUUAUCUAGUUCUAAGGGAGAUAAAUCAAUUUUUUUUGAAACUGCUGUGUCAGUAAGAGUUGUGCCAAUAUUGUUAUAUUGUGAUAGAAAUAUAUUUAAGGCUGUGUAUACAAUGAAAUCCUCUGUUUUAUAAGCGUAUUAAGUAGUUUAUAGAUUAUGCACUGGCUAUUUGUUAUCCUGGCCCCACUAACCCCCUGGGGCAGUACAGGAGUUGACGGAUGAUUUACCUUUGCUCUGUUAGUCUGUGGUAGUCAUACUAAGUAUAUUGUUACCAUGAUGGUUGGUCAUAUACUGAUAAAACAGUGGACUGUUGGGGCAUUCAUGUCCUAUGGAAAAAUUUGCAGUUGGUAAAUGUGGUAAUUUUGUUUUAGCACCAAAAGAGUUAGAGUCACGUCCACCAGGUAGUGCAAGGGCAUUAAUCCAGGGUUUAUUAUCUGACAGUCUGUACAGGAUGGGGCCUGUUCUCGGGGCAUGAUAACUCAAAAAUUUAAAGCAUCAAAAUAUUCUCCUGGGAUGUGGGGACUGGAGUUACAACUGACUAGUGCAUAAGUUGUAUUUUAUAGUGUCUUGUGUCUCCUAAAUGUGAUUGUAUAGACAUAUUUUAGGAUUUCCUUUUGUUAUAUUUUAUUAGUACAUGUACUUAUAACCUUGGGUGACCUUG